GGGGCGGCCGAGGCUGCUGUGAGAGGGCGCUCGAGGCUGCUGGAGAGCGAACAGGCGAAGGAGGCGGGGAGGCGGCGGCCGCGCUCGCUCGCUUCCCGGCGCCGCUGCGGGUCCGCCGCUGCGCUUCCUACUCGCCUGCCGCUCCGCUGCUCGCCGCCGGAGCAGCCGCCCAGCGGCCGGGUCCCGGCUCGGUUCGGAGUCUUCCGCGUCCGCCGACUCUGAGCGGAGGGCGAGCCGGCGCCACACCUGUGGAGCCGGCGGCCGUCGGGGGUGCCGGCCGAAGUCCCGCCGCGUGCGUGCUCGGGACUGCAGGCCGGCCGGGCCCCGGGCUAGGCGCACCCCCUGGCUGGGCGCCGCGGGCACCAUGGGGCUCCCCGCACUAGAAUUCAGCGACUGCUGCCUCGACAGCCCGCACUUCCGAGAGACUCUCAAGUCGCACGAAGCGGAGCUGGACAAGACCAACAAAUUCAUCAAGGAGCUCAUCAAGGACGGGAAGUCACUCAUCAGCGCGCUCAAGAAUUUGUCUUCAGCAAAGCGGAAAUUUGCAGAUUCCUUAAAUGAAUUUAAAUUUCAGUGCAUAGGAGAUGCAGAAACAGAUGAUGAAAUGUGUAUAGCAAAGUCUUUGCAGGAGUUUGCCACUGUCCUCAGGAAUCUUGAAGAUGAACGGAUACGGAUGAUUGAGAAUGCCAGUGAGGUGCUCAUCACUCCCUUGGAGAAGUUUCGAAAGGAGCAGAUUGGGGCUGCCAAGGAAGCCAAAAAGAAGUAUGACAAGGAGACAGAGAAGUAUUGUGGCAUCUUAGAAAAACACUUGAAUUUGUCUUCCAAAAAGAAAGAAUCUCAGCUUCAGGAGGCAGACAGCCAAGUGGACCUGGUUCGGCAGCAUUUCUAUGAAGUAUCCCUGGAGUAUGUCUUCAAGGUGCAGGAAGUCCAAGAGAGAAAGAUGUUUGAGUUUGUGGAACCUCUACUGGCAUUCUUGCAAGGACUCUUCACUUUCUAUCACCACGGUUAUGAACUGGCCAAGGAUUUCGGCGACUUCAAGACACAGUUGACCAUUAGCAUACAGAACACAAGAAAUCGCUUUGAAGGCACCAGGUCAGAAGUGGAAUCAUUGAUGAAAAAGAUGAAGGAGAAUCCACUCGAGCACAAGACCAUCAGUCCCUAUACCAUGGAAGGGUACCUCUACGUGCAGGAGAAACGUCACUUUGGAACUUCUUGGGUGAAGCACUACUGUACAUAUCAACGAGAUUCCAAACAAAUCACCAUGGUACCAUUUGACCAAAAGUCAGGAGGAAAGGGGGGAGAAGAUGAAUCAGUCACCCUGAAAUCUUGCACACGGCGGAAAACAGACUCUAUUGAGAAGAGGUUUUGCUUUGACGUAGAAGCAGUAGACAGGCCAGGGCUUAUCACCAUGCAGGCGUUGUCAGAAGAGGACCGGAGGCUCUGGAUGGAAGCCAUGGAUGGCCGGGAACCUGUCUACAACUCAAACAAAGACAGUCAAAGCGAAGGGACUGCACAGUUGGACAGUAUUGGCUUCAGCAUAAUCAGGAAAUGCAUCCACGCUGUGGAAACCAGAGGGAUCAAUGAGCAAGGACUCUACCGAAUCGUGGGGGUCAAUUCCAGAGUGCAGAAGCUGCUGAGUGUCCUGAUGGAUCCCAAAACAGCUUCUGAAACAGAAACGGAUAUCUGUGCGGAAUGGGAGAUAAAGACCAUCACUAGUGCUUUGAAGACCUACCUAAGAAUGCUUCCAGGACCACUCAUGAUGUACCAGUUUCAAAGAAGUUUCAUCAAAGCAGCAAAACUGGAGAACCAGGAGUCUCGUGUCUCUGAAAUCCACAGCCUUGUUCAUCGGCUGCCAGAGAAAAAUAGGCAGAUGUUACAGCUGCUAAUGAACCACUUGGCAAAUGUUGCUAACAACCAUAAGCAGAAUUUGAUGACGGUGGCAAACCUUGGCGUGGUGUUUGGACCCACCCUGCUGCGGCCUCAGGAAGAAACAGUAGCAGCCAUCAUGGAUAUCAAAUUUCAGAACAUUGUCAUUGAGAUCCUAAUAGAAAAUCAUGAAAAGAUAUUUAACACAGUGCCUGAUACACCUCUCACCAAUGCCCAGCUGCACCUGUCUCGGAAGAAAAGUGGUGACUCCAAGCCCCCGUCCUGCAGCGAGAGGCCCCUGACACUCUUCCACGCUGUGCAAUCAGCAGAAAAACAGGAACAAAGAAACAGCAUCAUCAACUCCAGUUUGGAAUCUGUCGUCUCAUCAAAUGCAAAUAGCAUCCUUAAUUCCAGCAGUAGUUUACAGCCCAACAUGAACUCCAGUGACCCAGACCUGGAUGUGCUGAAACCCACCCGGCCCAACUCACUCCCCCCGAAUCCAAGCCCAACUUCACCCCUCUCGCCUUCUUGGCCCAUGUUCUCGGCGCCAUCCAGCCCUAUGCCCACCUCAUCCACGUCCAGCGACUCAUCCCCCAUCAGGUCUGUUGCAGGGUUUGUUUGGUUUUCUGUUGCUGCCGUUGUUCUCUCAUUGGCUUGGUCCUCUUUUCAUGCAGUGUUCAACCUCCUCGUCAACUUUGUUCCCUGCCAUCCAAACCUGCACUUGCUUUUUGACAGGCCAGAAGAAGUGGUUCAUGAAGACUCCAGCACACCGUUCCGGAAGGCAAAAGCCUUGUAUGCCUGCAAAGCUGAACACGACUCAGAACUCUCAUUCACAGCAGGCACGGUCUUCGAUAAUGUUCAUCCAUCUCAGGAGCCUGGCUGGUUGGAGGGGACUCUGAAUGGAAAGACUGGCCUCAUCCCUGAAAACUACGUGGAGUUCCUCUAACCAUGGGCCCCAGCAGAACUGCUGAGCUUUCCGUGGUAUCCAUGACAACUGCUGAGUCCAGGGUUGUAGGCCAUUUCUCUUUGCCACUGAGAAAUGCAGGAUGACUGACUCUGCUGCUGCCUGUCAACACGAAUGUUUCUGUGAAGUCUGGUGUCACCCAUCCCCAUGAUCAUCUCAGCUGACGUGCGGUGGUACUGCAAGAAACAGAAGUAAAUCAGCAAUGGAGGCCAUUUGAUUUUGAUAACUGAGAGAAGGGCUUGCAAAGCCAUUUCUCUCAUUUAGCACCCUAAAUAGGGAGUGCUCAUUUUGUUUCAACAGUCAUCCAAAUCCCCAAGCUUCUGAAAAAGGAAGUAAGUGAGAUACAAGUAGUCCUCAAGAGCAUGCAGUGUAGCUAAGUCUGACAGGGCUGGGCAGACUCUGAGAUCCAGGCUGGGUCCAUUGCUUUUGUUUACAGUAGACACUCUCUCUACCCCACCUCUAAAGACUUGAGACUCACAGUGCUACAGGCAGUUGGGUCUGUUUGUUUGCAUGCAGGAUGGAGAGGGGUUACAGCACCGUUUACAUAAGAUCCAAUCUCUCACCAUCUCUAAAGCAGCCGUUGGCCCAGCGUCAGCAGAAUUCAGUCCAGUCCUCUCAUGCAAGGGAACACACACACCCCACGUCCCCCCCUCCUAUGCUAGGAACUUCUUUGCCACCAAGGGCUGCCAUCACCUCGUAACCACAGCAACCCAACAUACUCUAAAACCAAACCAAAAAAAUAACACACUCUCUUUGCAUGACUUAUUUUUUUCUCCCCCACUUUCGGUAGUUUUUUGAAUGGUUUUCCAACAACCUGAAGCAGAAGAUCAAGGAAUCAGAGUGGUCUACUUGGGGCAGACAGAAUAGCAGCUGGAAACUGUUCCCUCUCUGAUGAAUUUCAGCAGCAUCAGGAUACAUUGGAGCAAACUCGAGUAACCUCUUGAGCUUAAAUUACAUACAGGCUCAAUAUUUCUGUUCUUCCAUGUAACUAGUGUUUGCUUUCUAGAGGGCAAUGUGCUGCCUCCCAGCAGGUGACAUUCUCCCUUUGACUCGUUCCCUCAUGACCUCCUUCCUGAUUACCUGUCUCUUCCCUUCCCCUGCCUGCCUCUAGCCCAUCCCCCCGGGCAGUGCCCUGGGCUGCUGAGCACUGGUGCCCUGCCAGUUUUCAGGGAUGAUUCCUGGGCUAACCCUAUGGCCUGUAGUUGAAAAGGACAUGUAUGUUCACUGCCGCUCAGAAAAAGGGAAUUGUUUCUCAGCUUUUGAGGCGUGAGACUAAUAUCAUAAGCCAUUGUGAUUCAGGAGGACACCAAAAGGUUGGGGCAUGGAAGGUGGGAUGGGUACCUUCUCAGAAAGAGAAUUUCCUGGUCCAGAAGCGGCUAGGUCUUGUGGAAGACUGCCUUGGGCAGGGAAGUUUGGCCUGGACGUUUCACAUACACUUGGCCACCAAAGAACACAGGCCCCAGUGUCUUCCACAUUUGAAUGUCCUUGCAGGUGUGACUCUGGGCAGAUAAACUCCAAACUGAUGGACUGUCAAGCUCCCCGGAACCCCUGGGGAUGGCAGCGUUGCUCCAGAGUGUUUCCUGCUUCUGGAAUGCCUCUUUAGGGAAGUUUAAAGAAGAAAAGAAAAACUUGAAUUGUGUUGAAUUACUGUAUCUUUUACAUUUUUUUUGAAAAGAUAAACUUGUAAAUAGAGUGAUUUGAAAUACUAUAUGGCAAAGUUUUAUAUUUGAUAUUCUUUAAGCUAGUAGCUCCACACAUUUAAGCUUUGAUUGCUGAGCAAGUGUGAAUAAGAGGGAGAGAGAGGAGGCAAGGUUGGAGAGAGUCAAGGUCGUCCCUUCUCUGGCCUUGAGAAAGGAGAGGAUAUCUCUGCGUGCUCUCUGCUGGCUCUUGUUGGUGGGCAUGACACAUCGAUGGUGUUCAGUCUUCUUUAUUCAGAUGUGUUUUUGAGCAUUUCUUGGGCUUUGGAUUUGGAGAUAGGAAGAGCAUCUUCAGGCAAUGAAUUUUUCAAAGAACUCCUACUCGGUGGUAAGAUGAAGCUCAGGAUUGGAAUAGGUGGGGCCAAGGUUAGAGUUUUUUUUGUUUUUCUUCUCAGGUGUAUUUCUUGGUGCCCCAAGAUAUCAGGACAAAAGGAGAUGGGAUAAUUGCGUGCUCCUUAUAUCUGACUCUCCUGCACUUCUUCUAAGGCUUUAUAAAUGAGGCCAAGCUAGUUUGCAAAUGUUAUGUGUGUCUAAGUUCUAAGGAAAACUGGCUUCUUAGGAUCUUCGGUUCCCAGUAUGCUGCUGCUUCCCCUUUCCCUACACAUGUUUGUGCCCUUCUUGUCAUCUCAGAUUUCCUAUGACCCCGAAAUAAGAGAAAGACUCCAAAGAGAGGUGGAGAUUGUGCUGUUAUAGCUUUAUAGAUGGUUUUGAAGUUGAUAGGAGUUGUCAUUGUGAUUCAGUUCAUCAGCUCAAGGACUGCACGGCUGUCAUCCAGGAGCUCACCCUGCAGCAAGCGAGACACUACCACUGAAUCAGGGAACAAGGAUUAAGACUGGACAAGACCAAAACAGAAGUCAGGAGAGCUGUCAUUGGAAACCCAAGACAGGGAACGUACAGACAGGCUACACCUACUCCCGUGGACUUUGAACAGCUUGGGGACCUGUUCAAAGGGGCCUGAUGGGACAAGCAUACUCUCUACCACUGUGCUUCCCAAAUAGAAAGAGUGCAGCAUAAUGUUUUUAACACAUUUGACAUUUUAAAUUGUCACCCGCUCCAUUGGAACCUUAAGUAGAGCUGUCACAGAGGGGCAGAAGGCCCAGGCCCUGACUUUGGGAGUUCCUCACUGAAGCAUACCUGUGGACACUUGGCCCCGGCUUGACCACUUGGAAGCGUGUCCCUCCCUCCUCCGUUGGCUCUGAUUUGCAGCCAGAGGGAAAUGGAGCUCCUGCCAAUGGGAAUUUGUAGGCAGACCCCUUCUCAGCUUCCCUGUGGCCAUGCUGGGCCUGUGACAGAUGGCUGCUCUGUUUCCUUUCCCCAGCCAGGCUCACCUCCUCCCCAUUUGCUACAGAACUGGAGAAGCUCUGUGAGCCAACUAAUAAUAGGAAGGAAUUUGAAGACUAAAAAUAGAUUUUACUGUCUCCACUAUCUGUGCCCCCCCACCCUGAAUAGGGAAUUUUAGGGCAGAUUAGAGGAGUGAACUGGGUAUAGGAGUGGAAGACCAUUGACCAAGAUCCCUGAGCUUUCCCAGGAGCCUCGUGUUUCUUUUGUGAGGCCCUGGGGUCAGUUUGGCUUGCAGAACCUAAAUCUUUGGCUAUUAAGAUCAGUCUCUUCCCUCCUCCUUCAGGUACUCACAGAAUUCCAUAGCUACAGAAUGCCAUGCCGUGAGAAGAUAGCUAGUUUCAAAUCCCUGCCCCCAGGCAAGUAAAUUCCUGACUUGCUCAAGACUGAUGAUAUUCUCUUGUUUUUUCAAAAAUAAACAUAUAGGGUUGGACCCUGUAUGGCACCACCUUGCUUGGUAUCCUAUAAUUGGAGCCAGUUUUUAGCUUAGUGUUUUAGUAUUUCUACAGCCAUUAUGUAUUUUCUUCUGUCAGACCAAACUGUCUUUUUCAGCAUAAUUCCAGUUCAUCCCUCUUGCUGAGUGCUUUUUAGACAGAGAGGCAAAGAGAAAGAGAGAAAAUGAGCAAUCCAGUAUUGGCAGACCGGACAGAGCAUUAGCAGGACAGAGCCAUCCUAGUGACAAGGACAUUACAGGCAUUUGCUGGGACUGCACAGUUGUGUGUGCCAUACCUGUAUCUCAAAGGGAAGUCCUUCUGUCAACUGAGUUUGUCUCCUGAAAGUCACCAAAGGCUCUGUCUUGACUACAGAGACUCCAAAAGCCUCCAUGACCCCAUGACUGAGGGGUAGGGAGAAAGAAAGAAUAGGCUAAAGAUAACAUGAUCAAUUCUUCAUGACUGUCUAUUGGCACCUUUCAUCCUCUGGACCACCCGUUUUUAUAGACACAGGACUCCCAGGUACAACAGUUGCCAUCAUGGCAUCCACAGUUUGUCCUAGUAGUGAAUGUUUUAAGAGCGACUGUAUACCCAAGUAGGUAGCCAGCAUUGAAGAAACCAAACAGCCUCUUAGCUACCUGACUUUAAAAGGAAUGUCCUGGGUAUUCUAUGUCAGGAGUUAUCUGUCACCUCUUACAACCUCUAGGUAAUCAAUUACCUUGACAACCUUGCCCCACAUCUCUGUUAAGUCAGCUGGGUGUCCUCUCACACACCCUGUGCUGAUGUUUAAAAAAUUUGUCUUGUGUUCAAAUGCGUUUGACAGCCACGCUGAUCUGCUGGGUGCUGAACCAUUUCUCUGUAAUUGUAACAUCAAAAUGACAACAACAGCAGAGCAAUGAACCUUGCACAGUCCUACAGCAUGCCUGAGACAAGACUCCAACAAGUAAUAAUUAGCUUUUUUCCUUUGGCCGCCUACAACACUUGUCUAACGAAAGAGCUUCCCAAAGCAGGAGGAAAGGCCAUAUAGAUUCUGGACGUCAUUCAGAGCCAGUCCUUGCUGAAAUGUGGUCUUCCAAUGGAAUCACUUGUAUUCUUGGGAGAACAAAUAUUGGAUGUAAAGUAAUGCUAGGAGCAGAGAGAAAGAGAAAGGUGAACCAUACUGAAGAACUUUGGAUUUUUUUUUAAGAGGGAUAAAUAUGGUUCUUAAUAGGGGGAAAAAAUCUAUCACAGAAAAAGUUCACAACUGAUAUUUUUACAAAAGUUUUAUAGGAUACUACAAGAUGGAAACAUCUUUCAAGGUGGAAUGCUUUAGAAAGCAAAGGCUUGGCGCAGUCCUAGACCUGUGUAAGGGUAGCGGUUAACUGUUAUGUCAAAAUUCUCUUUAGUGUAGUCACUGAGAACCAGAGUAUUGAUAAUCAAAAUGUCGGAAUUACCUGGAGAGACCAAGACAUUCUACACCAUUCUGCAUUGACCAUUUCUACAAAUUUGUCCAGACACCUACAAGCAGCUUCCUUGGGUAUCAGAUGCCAGGGUCAACCUUGUACCUGUGAAAAGAGGUCCAUCUGGUGAUUCUAAAAUCUGUAUGUGUUUGUGUGUUUGUAUGUACAUUGCACAUUUACACCUGUAAAAAUACAGACUCUCAUCUAGAAACCCACAUAGGCUGGCAGUUGCUGAGCCUUUCCAGCCUUUAUGAUCUGAAGGUUGAGCAUCAGUGAAAGAAGAGAGGCUGUUGAAUGACUAUCAAAAUGAUCAAAGAUGUAAAUUAUGUGCCAUUUUAAAACUUUGUUCAUAUUUAUCAAAUGGUUACUAUCUACAGCUAUAUUCCUUAUUAAGUUAUUAAAAGUCAUGUUGAAAAAAACGAUCAAACUCAUAAAUGUUUAGUACCUAAUACUAGCCUAGUGUUCAAAAGCACUCUAAAAGAUAUUUUGUCCGUAUUUUGGAGAAGAAAAUAGUUGCAUGUUUAAUUCAAGAUUUAGGCUACCUUGGAGUAGAUUAAAAGUGCUGUGUGAUAAAAUAUCAAUCAAGUACUUAAAAAAUGGCACUUUAUGUUUUUUUUAAACCAUAAAUAAUGCACUGUUUUAAACUUCAGUUCAGUAUUGAAUAUUGACUGGUAUGUAGAAUCCAAUUUCGUAAUUAAAAAGUAAUUUGUGACUAGACUAGGACUUUUUCCUUGUUAUUAGUAAAACAGUUUUGCCAUGUUCAGGCUUUAAAAAAAAAUGUGCUUUUGCGUCACUAAGCAUAUCUAUAAGGAAAAUACAAUUUCUGUGGAGUGGCCUCUGAAACUUGGCUUUCUUACAUUUGGUUGGAAUAUGUGACAAUCCCUAUGAAAUGAGUGGAAGUAUGAUUUUUGAAUUAAAUGACUUUUCCAUUUGGUGGU